AUGACGAUUCAGUCACGCGGCUCGGUCACGUGGCGCCCAACAUGGCCGCCCCCACGGGGGCGCUGUGGCGGCGGUUGCUGCGCAGCGCUGCGGUGCGGGGUUUGUGCGGGACCGCGGCGGCGGAGGAGCCCGAAAGAGCCGGUGAACGUGGUGUUCGUGGACAGUGCGGGGCGGAGGGUGGAGGCGCGGGGCCGCGUGGGGGACAACGUGCUACAACUCGCCAGGGAGUGCGGGGUUCCUAUUGAGGGGGCUUGUGAGGCAUCCCUGGCGUGCUCCACGUGCCACGUUUACGUCAGCACCCCACACCUGGAGCGUCUGCCCCCCCCCAGCGAGAGGGAGGAGGACCUCCUGGAUACAGCCCCGCAGCUGCGCGUGGAGUCGCGGCUGUGCUGCCAGCUGACGCUCCUCCCGUCGCUGGAGGGCGCUGUCUUCACUCUCCCGCGCGUCACCCGCAACUUCUACGUCGACGGCCACGUCCCCAAAGGGCACUGACAGGAGCUGGGGGGGGACGGAACAACCCCCUCCCCCAAUAUAAUGGGAUGGGGACCCCCACCCCAAAAUAAAAUGUAAUGGGAAGUGGGGUCACCGCCCCCCCCCACUAAAAUAAAGUAUGUUAGAAGUGAUGAAGAUGCAGAGCCCCCCCCCCCCCCCCCCCAGAUAUAAUGGGAUUGGAUGGAGACCCCUCCCAAAAAAUAAAAUAUAUUGACAGCAAUGGAGAUGAGGACCCUCCCAAAUAUAAUGAAAUAUAAUGGGAUGGAAUGGGGACACCCCCUUAAAUAAAAUGUUAUGGGGACCCCCCGA